ACGUUGAAGCUUUUGGUUCACUGUCGAGUUUUUGCAAAAUAAAUACCCCAAAGUUCCUUAGUAAACAGUGAAAAUAAGCUGAAAAAAAUGAGUUCCGUGGACGAAGAUCUGACACCUGAGCAAAUUGCAGUGCUCCAGAAAGCCUUUAACAGCUUUGACCACCAGAAAACCGGUAGCAUCCCAACUGAAAUGGUAGCGGAUAUUUUGCGUUUGAUGGGACAACCGUUCGAUAAGAAAAUUUUAGAGGAACUUAUUGAAGAAGUGGAUGAAGAUAAAUCCGGUCGUUUGGAGUUCGAAGAGUUCGUGCAGUUGGCUGCCAAAUUUAUCGUCGAAGAAGAUGCUGAAGCAAUGCAAAAGGAGUUGCGCGAAGCCUUCCGCUUAUACGAUAAACAGGGUAACGGUUUCAUUCCAACAACUUGUUUAAAAGAGAUUCUCAAAGAGUUGGACGAUCAACUGACCGAGGCUGAACUUGAUAUCAUGAUCGAGGAGAUUGAUUCCGAUGGCUCCGGCACGGUGGACUUUGAUGAAUUCAUGGAAAUGAUGACCGGGGAAUAGAUCUAAUCCACAGAUCUAACAUGCCUUCAUACAUACAUCUGUACUUCCUUACAUAAAUAUACAUAUGUAAUGCUUUGUUUAUACUUUAAGAAUAUAUCUUCAGCAGUAACAAAUCGGGCCCUGAUUCGUGACGGGUAUUUACCGUGUCUUUGCAUUAUAAAAUUUCAUUAAUGUGGCAUGACAUACUAUAUAUGUAUGUAUAUUUAAAUAUAUACAAGUAUGAAUACCAAAGAUGUAUUUUUCAUAUAUGUACAUAUGUAAAUGUAUUCAAUAAUCGUUUUUAUAGCCAUUAUCACAAUUUUACACGCGUCCACAAAUUGCAUACAUACAUACUUACACUUAACUCUGUUACCAAAAAUAU